AUGAAGAGGAGUCUGAGAGUUUGCACAGCAACACUUUUUUCAUUUUUAAUCAUCACUGCGGAGGCCGUGCUCACAUACGAUCCACAAAUCAAUUAUUUUGAUGGUACAAGUUAUACAGAUAAUUGUCGUUCGAAAUUGGAACGUCGUGUUUCUGGUCUAUCAGGCUUAUUGAUAUCGCAUCAACUGUAUGGCACACUGCCGUAUAAUGCGUCAAAGAAUUGCUUUUUACUCAUCACUGCACCGGUUGGAUAUCGAAUUCGUUUACGAGUUCUGGAUUUUAAUGUACUUGGUGAUCCGCAGAACUGUGAUAAGGAUACUCUACAUGUUUUUGACCAUGAGAAAGCGAUUGACCCGAGCACUUUGCAUGACGCAACCCCUGAAGAUACUUCGCCGGGCCCGAUUGUUGGUCAGUUUUGUGGCAUCAUACGGAAUGCGAGUGAACUGGCCAUUUCUAGUGAGAAUGCUCUCACUUUAUGGUGGCAUUCGGAUGCGGAUUUACCACCGAAUCAUAGCGGUGAAGGUUUCCGACUUCUGUGGUCUGCUUUCCGAAAAUCGAACUCUGAACCUUGUAACACUCAACGUGAAUUCACAUGCGCCAAUCACGAAUGUAUUCCGUCUGAACUCGCCUGUAACCGUUAUCCGGACUGCAAGGAUGAAUCAGAUCUGUCACGUGAACGUCAAAUCGCACAUCGUUGUGACUUUCUGGACGACGAUCCGUUGGGUUCCUUAACAGGCUUGACAUUACUGCUGAUGUGCAUGGCGGUGGUGAGUUGCUGUGGUUGCUUAUGCGUGUGUGCAUGUGUUUGUUGUAAGUGUAUGAAGCGAACAGAGAAGAGUUGUCGUCACACAACCACUAGCCAAGCACGCACUAACGGUGCUCAUCAGCGACUGCCAUGUUGUGCUGCAGCAGGUUUCAGUGCGGAGUUAAGUGAACCGAUGGUCACCAAUUCAAAUGAAUCGAAGGGUGCUGCUGCUGCUGCUGCUGCUGCUGCUGCUGCUGCUAUCAACCAAAGACUAAUUCAACAACCAACACCGCCCGCAUUCUAUCCACCAUCACCACCCAAACAAACACCUUCGGUUGGCAACACUACCGCUACAGCUACUUCAGCUCAAGCUGCUGCCACAUACUCUCCACAGAGGACACGAUUGAGCAGUGGCCUGUCAGUUGGUUGUGUGGGCGGCGGCAACGGCACAAAUGCUUUUCCUACAGCACAACAGAUACGCUACAAUAAGCAAGCAUUGCCUCAAUAUCCCCAAGCACUGAUUCUUUCGAGUGAUUAUGGUACACCGGCAGAACAUGCCAAUUUGUGUACAAAUACAGAUUAUACGUAUCCACGAAAUGAAGCUCGACACUUGCUUAUCUAG